CACACCCACUCCCUUCCUCCCCACCCUUCAUUCCUCCUAGGUCUUCUCAGUGUGUGGUGUCAAGGAAGCAAGAAGACUUAACUCCAAGGCAUAUUCCUUUCCCCAGUGCUCUUUGCUCUUUUUGGAAAACAUUCUGUAGGCGGAGCUUGUGAACACCACCCUAUCUUAAAACCAGAGUCUCCACUCUAGCCUUACCACUUCAGCACCUGCCUCCUGCCCACUUCAGCCCCUGCCUCCUGCCCAGAGAAGAUGGAAUCAGAAAAAAAUUUGACUGGAGGCUUAACUGAACCCAGACCUGCCGGUCCAGAAAUCCAGAAUUUUGCCACCACGGUUAAACCACAGCUUGAAGGAAAAACAAAAAAAACUUAUGAAAAAUUUGAAGCUAUUAUUUAUAGAUCUCAAGUGGUUUCUGGAUUAAUUUGCUACAUCAAGGUUCAUGUAGGUGGUGAUAGCUACGUUCACAUAAAAGUAUUUGAAAGUCUUCCUCACCAAAAAAAGCCUUUGGAACUUAGUGGCUACCAGGUUGACAAAACCAAGGAUGAUGAGCUGAAACCCUUUUAGCAGCAUGAUCUGGAAGCAGCUGAUUCUUCCCACUGGCUCUUGAGUAAUGAUCCCUGCGAAUAAAUGCAACUAUCAAUAUAAA